GUGAAAUGAAAACACGCAUUUUGUAUUUCCAUUUUUGUCUAAUCCGUCUGAUUUCUGAAGGGAUUAACGGACCAAUCAUGAAUAUUGAGAGACCGCCUGUUCGCUCACUGGGAGCAGGUCACCGUCCGCUCGUGGACUCACUCCGUCUGAAGCUGGGCUGGCUGCGGUCAAACCAUAACAGUGCAGAAUAAAACGGAGAACAACAACACAGGAGAAAGUUACAUUACUUUUUAUGACAAAUGUUUCCGACAGCUAGUCAGUCGGGUCAGAGGAUGCGCUCAAGCUAGCCGACUAAACUCCACUCUAUGGUGAAGGACGUUUCUGAUACUGGAGUUUAGUCCAUUACGCUCAAGCUUGUGCCACAGAGCGCAGGUUUAGCUGUGGGUCGUUGUGCCUGGCCAAUUUAAGUCGGCACGGAACGUGAGUUUCUUCAACUGUGGUGAAUUGCAUCUAAAUAAGAUAUCACCAAGAUCUUUCCAGCCAAUGGAGGAGGAAGAGGUCCAUAUCACACAAACAUUGGCUCCUGCCAGCUCUCCGCUUCGGUCAAGAGCCUCUGAUGACCGGGGCCUCAUCCUGAGUCUUGUCCCCAAGCCCAGCACACUUUCUCCCUCGCUUUCCCCUCCCCCCCUCCCUCCUUCAGGCUCUGCCGUCUAUUCCCUGCAGUCCAAGGUGAAUAAUCUCUCCCAGAGAACCGGAGGGAAAGAGAGAAAGAGGGAGAGGGUGAGGGAGGACAAUAUGGCCUCAGAGCUCCAGGUAGAGGGACCUGUCUCAUUCCAGGCCCUGCCCAAGCAGAAGGGCCGCAGCAGGGGGGAGGUGCCACCGCCUGUGCCCUUCCGGCACUUUGACCAGAGGAGGAGGUCCAGCAGUAGUGAAGACGAGGUAGAGGAAGAGGUGGUGGCCAGGGUACAGCUCCACACCGACCCGACUGAACCACAGAGGGAGAAGGAGAGCUGGGGUGCCAUAGGGAAGGGAGCAGAGAAGGGGGAGAGGGGAGGCCCAGCUGGGAGUGUGCCGGGGCAGUCUCGCGGUUUGGGGGAGGGGGCCAGCUUGGAGAGCUUGGAGAACAUCCAGUCAGACAGCACCGGCGCAACCAAGGAGGACCACCCUCCUUCUUCAAAGCCCGCUCCCGCAUCCUCCUCCACCUCUUCUUCCUCCUCUCACAGACACUGGGCACCUCCUAAAGGAUUCUGGAGGGUAGCACGCCCAGAGACUCUGAUUCUGAAUAGGGUGAGCACUCAGUCUACUGUGGGCACUCAGACUACAAUGCCCAUACUCUCGUCAUUUGUACGUCUGAAGGACGAACCCCCUGCAAAUGCCACCCUCUCAGGGCCCCAGAGUAAGUCAAGACUGGCUUCUGUGGAUUCUGUAGAUGAGGAGAGGGACGAGAGUGAAGGGUGUUGGAACAUGCUGCGUUCGGACAGCCUGGACUGCUACCUGGAGAGGUGUGAUAAGAAAGAAGCGAAGGAGCCUAUGGAUCCCGUGGGGGGGCUGUGGAGGGCGGAGAGCUGGGAAAGUGUGUACUCGCAGGAAGGGACGCUUUCGCUGGGGGAUACAGUGGAGGCCAACCAGAGAGCCAGAGGGCGGUCAGUGAACAGACGAAGGAACACCAAGAGAGUCGAGGAGAAAGGCGGCGUGGACAUCCCGUACCUCUGUGUUGACCAGAUAGACAAGAGAGAUGUGUCUCCAGAUGCAUCUGCCUCCUGGAACAAUGAGUGGGAUUUAACCAUUCCACAUCAGGAGCUGCUUGAACUUCCCGGCUUACACUUCAACCCUGAGGAACUUCCUCUGAGCCCCAGACAUGAGCAGGCCAUGCUCCUGCUGGAGAGGGCUCGGUUAAAAGCCCGCUUCAAUCACGCCAAAGGGGAACGCCCUCAAACCCGCCGCUCCCAUUCUGCACAGAGAUACAACCCGUAAGUCAGCUGUAUCUGCAACUCUGUUGAUCUCUAUCCCCCCUAUUAGUCUGACUACCUGAU